GCGGGGACGGGGGGUCGGGCAGAAGGGUACGGUGCGGGCCUCCGCUGACGCCGGCCCUGGAGGUGGCGAUGAGGCUGCUGGCGGACGGGUACAAGUGCGCUGUCACACGACAGACCGGUGUCUUGGAGGCAGAGGGAGACGAGCGUCUAUCCCCGCCUUCGGAUCUCACGCACUACCUCGUCUCGCUGGGCGAGUUGGUGUUGACCUGGCUCUCCCUUUCUCCCGCGGAAGGGGUGGGACCCGCGCUGUCCCGAAGGCUGCUGGCGAGCGGCUCGAGCUGGAUGUUGUUGCGGACUUUCGGCAGGGCCUUCCGGCCUGAUUUGGCGCGAAGGGACAUACCGCCAGGGAAUGCAGAGCAAAUCGAAGAGGGCCACAACGCUGGUGCUGCUUCAGCUGCCGCCGCCACAAGUGCGGACGGGAGAAGGUUAUCGGACGACCCUUCCUUGUCCUACCUCCACGCGGUCGUGGCCAUGGUCGUCGGAAGCUUCGUGUCCUCGGGGAGUAACCUAGCGAGUCGAGCGCUGGCGGCGGGCAUCGAGAGAUACGUUGGCUUGUUUGAGUUUUGCAGGAUCCUCGACUCUGCAAGCGAUUGGAUUGCGUUCGCAUGGCCAGCUACAGCUACACAUACACCCACGCACCCUGGCGGUAGCGUGGCGGGAGAGAUGCGAGUCCCCUCGUUUUGGGCGUUGGCAGGCGACUCCACCUUCUCCAGCAGGCUGGUAAAGAUGAUCCAGACCGCCCAGAUGACGAUGAUCGACCUCAUCAUCAAGGGUGACUCUGAAUCCGAGACCACCCGACGGAAUACCGCCGACCAGGGUGCAGAAGAGGGGGUCCCGCCAUCAUCUCAUCGUGAACAGGGGGGGGGCGCUAACACGGUCGACGGUGGUAGCCGGGGAGCGUUUGAAGCACUGCUUCGGCGCCAGCAAGCUAGGAUCGAGGAGCUCGAGCGCCGCUUGCUUCCCCCCGGCGCCAAUGCCGACCGUAUCGAUCCCGCCUUUGUUGCCGCAGGCUGCGAGCAGCACCCUACGCUGACUAUCUAGAGGCGCAUCAUGGGUGUCUAGUAGAUGGAUGGCCGCAGGCACGCACGACCGUCUCAUGUUGGGUAUUUUCCGCACUGAAGAAUGAUUUCACGGUCACGGAAAACCCUCCAGGGUCCUCAUUUUUCGGGCGGGGCGAUGAGUGUUGCUACGGGCUUAAACUGCUCGAGUGGGAUUGUCGUUGGCACGACAUGAUGAAGACAUUUGGCUCUUUUGACACUUGCGUGAAGUAGAACAUGAUACCAGCGUGUCCAAUAGGCUGUUCGCUCGCGUGACUUUUGAGGUGCAAAAGAGACUGCGGGUACGCAUACGUGUUUGUGCCGCACGCGCAGCAGCGCGCACUGGGUUAGACAACGGUUUCCUCCCGCUUGUUACUGGAACCCUUCUGCGUAAUUUGCUGACUGUAAAUGUCGAUGCUUGCUGGUAUAGAUCAGGUGGUGUUGCCUUUCCAUCAUCGUUUCGCGCUGUUGCUGGAGUGUUUUAGACUGCUGUGUUCAGUGCUCUUGGCAGGAGAAAGCCCAGAAAUGGGAUUGGUGCGCUAUUUCUUGCUGUGUGGUUGCUGUGCUGUGCUGCAGGGUGGGUCCGCCGUGUGUGGCGGAACAGGGGAACUCCCGUCAGGUUCACGGGAUUCUGCAGUCCAGCCCGACAUACUUGGUAUUUUGGUGAGAAAAUAAGAGCAAUGCCUUCGCGGCGUUGUGCCUACCGUGAUGGAUAGGCUGGCGCAAGACGGACACCAUGCGGUGUAUUCCGUGACAACAGCCAUCUCCCCGAAGAAUCGUACUUCGGACGUUAUAGUAGUUGUCAACAGCCUUCCUGCGAGCGGCAGGGCGAUUUGUUGUAUUGCUUUAGUGUACUUCCCGCGGUGUUGUUUUGACUGGGUGCUGUUUGGUUGAUCGCUGUUACAAUACCAAGCGGUCCUGAAACUGUGUUUGACGUCCUUGAGUUCUCUCUUACAAUUAAUGUUUUUUCGCCAGCUUCUUCAGACUACUGUAGGAUAGACGUGCAUAUGCCUUUGGAGAGAGGAGCUUGUGCACCUGAUGAACCAAUGAGAGAUGCUUCGGCCUACACGGUGUUUUCACUUGUGUCGGACUCGGGGGAGUCUCAGGUACAGCAGUUUGGUACUUGUUCUGUGCAAGUAUUUAUGUUUCCUAGUGUGAUCGACCAGUAAACCACUGGCUGGCGGGGUUGUGUUUAUGGCGCUUGUAUCAUUGAUCUCUAGAAGUCAAGUAGACUAUUUGUGUGUGUUCCCUGCGCUAAGAACCGGCCUUUGACGAAAAUCAACCCGUUCUUUUUCCCGUCUGGUGGAAGAAAUAGGCAACUGUUCUCCCGUGGGCGAGUGAAAGUACAGCAGUGUACGCACAUUAUACUAGAGUACAGUAGUCGUCUUGCUUGCUCCCUUCGAGUCGGACAGAUGUUUUGAGCAACAAACGCGGGGAGUGCAAGCGCACAACAUGAUUUCCCAACCACCGCGAUGGACGGGUUUAAUUUCAAGUCUUGUUUAGU